AAUAGACCAAAUCUGGAUGAACUUGCAUAUAACUACUCUAGAUUAUGCAUACAUUCUGGAUACAACUCCUACAGACUCAGAUCACAACAUCACUCUGCUAGAAGUUACUUUAUCAGCUACUCCAAUAUCACUUUACAAACAACCUAAGCGGAAAAUAACUUUCUGGAAACAUGCAACUGAUGAACAAAUAGAAAAAUGCCAAAACCACCUAGAUGGAAACUAA